GUGUGUGUGUGUGUGUGUGUGUGAGAGAGAGAGAGAGAGAGAGAGAGAGAGCGAGAGCGCAUACACUGCGCGUGGUGGUGUAAAUUAACGCUUCUUUCCAGAACCCAGAACCAGCCCUGGAAUUUUAUUUGAUCAGUCUUUCCUAAACCAAACCGACACUGGGGUUGUCAUUAAUCAAAAUAUUCGGAACUGUUUUCCACACCAACAGUUUAAUUUUCACAGUCACCGGUAACGUGAAGUCAUCUGGAAAUCCACGGACAAGUGACUGGCCGAAGUGCGAGAAGAGACGGAGUGAUGUUUUGGGAAUUUGUCCAGAAUUAUGACUGAGGAAUUAAAUAAUCUACUGCGUCAAAGGUUUGACAUGAUGGAAUGGACUCCUAUAUCAUAAAAGAAAAAAGCUCUUCUGAACUGACACAUGGUAAAAAUGGAGUCAUGGACAUUACUCCCUGCUCCCUCUAACCUUUCCUUUUUUGAACCUCUUCUUUAUGACAGCUUCUUCCCAGUCAAUGAAUCUGACUUUAGCCCAGAUGAUUAUCCUCACAACAUCACUCACCAUGCCUUUGACCAGACAAGCUCUGUGGUUAUCACCUUUGUGUACUUUGUGGUGUGUGCUGUUGGACUCUGUGGCAAUGCACUGGUCAUGUAUGUGAUCCUUCGUUAUGCUAAGAUGAAGACUGUCACCAACAUCUAUAUCCUUAACCUGGCUGUUGCAGAUGUCCUGUGCAUGCUUAGCUUGCCCUUUAUUGCAAUUCAGCUAGCAUUGCUUCACUGGCCUUUUGGUGCUGCCAUUUGCCGUAUUGUCCUAACCAUGGACUCAUUGAACCAGUUCACCAGCAUUUUCUUCCUGACCGUGAUGAGCAUUGACCGGUAUCUUGCAGUGGUACAUCCAAUCAAGUCAACUAAAUGGCGCAAACCACGAGUGGCCAAAACUAUCAGCCUUGCCAUGUGGGGGGUGUCACUGCUGGUUAAUUUGCCCAUUAUGAUCUUCAGUGGCCUGAACACUAAUAAGAAUGAGGCACGGACAUGUACUAUGCUGUGGCCAGAACCUCAAAAUACCUACUACACUGCCUUCAUUUUCUAUACCUUUUUAAUGGGCUUCUUUCUGCCACUUAUUGUUAUUUGCCUGUGCUACCUGCUCAUCGUGAUAAAGGUGAAGUCCUCAGGGGUGAGGGUUUGCUCCAGCAAGCGAAAGCGUUCUGAGCGCAAAGUGACACGCAUGGUAUCCAUUGUGGUGGUCGUGUUUGUGCUCUGCUGGCUACCGUUCUUCAUGUUUAAUGUGGCAUCUGUGACUGGAACACUUAUCCCUACACCUGUGCUAAAGAGCACCUUUGAUUUCGUAGUGGUACUGGGAUAUGCCAACAGCUGCGCCAACCCCAUUCUCUAUGCAUUCUUGUCAGACAACUUCAAGAAGAGCUUCCAGAAUGUUCUUUGCCUCAAGAGGGUGGGCGGCCUGGAUGAAAUUGAACGUAGUGACAGCCGGCAGGACAGGACACGGAUGGUGAAUGACAUCAUCACAGAGACUCACAAUGCUGCCCUGCUUAAUGGUGAUCUGCAGACAAGCAUUUAGGAAUGGCCAGGAGAUCUGGAGUUACACCUAAAUGAUAACCAGGACUACUAUAACGGAUAGAAGAUCACUAUUCUUCAGUAUAUGAAAUUUAAUUCAUUCAUUCAUUCAUUCAUUCAUUCAUUCAUUCAUUUAUAUGUAACGUUUAAAUCUGUUCAUUUACAUCCAAAUCCCAUUUACAGUAUUGACUAUGAAGGGGGAUGGUACUCAAUUUGAUGAGGACUACUACCCCUUCUCUGGACACAUUUGUGAACACAUUUUGAGGAGACCUGAAUGUUCCAGCAAAAAGAAGCCUCAGAGAAGUGAUUACCAUCAUGAAGAUACAUUGAGAAUGCCACUCAAUCACUGUAGAUAAAAACAUUUGUUUGCAUUGUGUUUCUCUGCACAACAGCUAUAACUGUAACUGUUUGUUCAUAUCUAUUGCUGAAAAAAGGUCAUUGACCUCAUAAGGUAAACAGAAAUUAGUUCUCAAUUGACACAAUAUUGGCCUGCAAAAAACCCUCAGUUAUGACAUUAAUACUUCACUGUAGAAGGAACACUAGAAGGACAGAAGUGUAAAAUGAAGAAUAAUGUUGUUGAAACAUGCCAUCGUUAAAUAAAUAUCUGAAUAGAAUAUGAAUACCAUCCAGACCUGAGAAUUACACAUGUAAUAUUAAUAAUGUUUAAUAAACCCUAAUAAUAAAAUGAAAAAUCUAUUACUCAUCUAAGCUCAUUAUAGCAAACAUUUGGCAAUGUGCACCAGCAAAUUACCGAACUCAUUAAAAUUUAAUGACUGCAUCAGCAAAACAGCCUUAGGCAACAUAGUAUUAGCUUCAUAUGAAACAAUUUUUCAUUUGUAUAUUAUAUGGGAAAUAAUUUUCCUGACACCAUAUGGUUGUGACUUUCAGUUAUAUUUAUAUGACAUUUAUUUACUUAAACACAUCUAUGAGGUCAUUAGUGUCUAGAUGCUACUGUGUUGUUUAUUUAGUCAGGGUUUGCUGAAUUUGAAAACAGAGAAAAUUAUUUAUAUUUGGGUGAUCAGUGAUACAGAAAAAUGCAUUCUAAAUCGUUCCAUGAUUUUUGUUUAGGAAGCUACUAGAAAGUUGUUGGACAUGCCAGAUAACUUGUAUCGUUGUUGGACUUGCCAAAUAGAUCACAUGUCUUUGAGUGUCUUGAGACACAUUUUUGAGUCAUACAUAAAUAGAGUCCUUUCUACUUGGUGAGAAAAAUAGAGGCUGUGGGCAAAAGUAAACUGAGGGUAUACUUUAUCAGUCUUUGACUGCAAUAUUUGAAAGAAAAUGGCAUCAUAUUUUAAAUAGAUUAAAUACUAUUAUGAUGAAUGGGCCACAGCUAAGCUGUAAUGUUAGAUGCUUAAGGACAAUUGGACAUGUAAUUUCCACUUUAGGCAAUGAUACAGGCUAAUCCAUCAAAUGAGCUACACCAUUAAAUCAUUUUCCAGCACUGAAAAUAUUACACAUGAAUUCUGAAGAAGAUGUCAAGACUCGUAUUGGGGAAAUGCUCUGAAAUAGCUGGUGUGCUUGUGUUUAAUCAAAUGACUUUAACAAUGAUUCAUUAACGUGUCUAUAAAAUACUGUACAGAUAUAUAAAAUCAUAUAUAAAAGCAUUGAAUAUCAUAUAAAAGCACUGAAUUUGUGUGUGAUUGUGCAAAUAUCUUAAGCCUGUUUAUCUCGACAGUGUUUGUUUGUCUGUCAAUAAUAUAGAGACAUAUAAUAUUAAGAAAUUACAUAGCAUAAAUACUAUAAAUGUAACAGGAAUUUACUUUUAUUAUUUAAAGUUAUUGAUGUAAGAUCAUGUUAAAUAAGUAGGGGAACAUGGGUUUGUUUCUUGGAGGUAGUAUAGCUAUUUCAUGUAUUUAUUAAAUUCACUGGCUAAAUCAGGUGUGUAUGUGGCAGAAUGUAAGAAAUUAGUGUUUUAGAUUGUGAACAUUUUAAAAUACUUUUCUAAAUAUGAUGUAAAAACUGUAAACUGAAAAAAAGAAUCAAAUUGCAUAAGUUGGACCAGAAAAUGGUGUGGAAGACCCACAAAGUUGUCUACAUCUUAAUGGCCAAUAGAAUUAAGGGAGAGAAGGACACCAAAGGCAGUGCUGGCAAAGAGAAGUUUUGAAGGACUGGUCUUUUUUGUAAAAAAUAAAUAAGUAAAUAAAUAUGACAAGUAGAACCAGAAAAUAUUGUGGAAUUAUUGGUCUAUAUGAGAUUAUGUUGAGGUAAUGGGUUGGAUCUCUCAUCACCCUGGAUCUUCUAGUAAAACCUUACAGCACCAGACAACUUCAAAUGCACUGUAAACAUGUUUAAAAAGCAGUAGUACUGAACUUUUGCCUUCUCUGUGUUUGAAACAUUAAACUGCAACUUACUUGCGGA